AUGGGAGCGGCAGUGGAGACAGGGAACAGGGAACAGGGACCAGGCAAGCUGCAGGCUGCCGCCAAUCCCUGUAGACGUAGUCCACCAGCAACAAAAGCGGCCGACCGAGUCACGCAAGAAUUAUCAAAAUCAAACCAUGCUACCAGUAUGAGUGCUGCGUCCAAUACGACAUCACUUUUGCGCAAGUCCAAUAGCUGGAAGAAUCGCAAUUUGAUCGUUGACAUCACGCCCACCACUAUUGUCAUCCCCAUCGCCGAUAUGGGGGUAUCGUCUUCGCCUAAGACUGAGAGUCUGAGAUUGAAAGAGCCCUUUCAAAGUGUUGAACAUGAGCAAACAGUUUCAAUUGCCCCCGGUGAACGAGUUGAGAAUGACUCGUCCUCCUCCACCGAUGAUUUGGAUGAGUACCCUCAUGGAAUCAGACUUGUCUUCGUGGUGGCUUUGGAUAUGAAUAUUGUUACAACUGCCAUUCCCCGAAUUACAGCUGAAUUCCACAGUUUGGACCAAGUAGGGUGGUAUGGGUCGGCGUUCUUCCUCACACUCGCUACAUUUCAAUCGACGUGGGGAAAGCUCUACAAAUAUUUUUCCUUGAAAUGGAUCUUUCUUAUUUCGAUAUUAUUCUUCGAAGUGGGGAGCUUAAUUUGCGGGGUGGCGAAAGACAGCACAACUCUCAUAGUUGGUAGAGCCAUCACUGGAUUUGGAGCAGCCGGUGUUAUUAGUGGGUGUUACAUUAUCAUUGCAUUCAUUGCACCACCAAAGAAAGUGCCGGCUUAUACUGGAAUUAUUGGAGGAGUGUUUGGUGUUGCAAGUGUUGCUGGACCCCUUCUCGGAGGCGUGUUCGCAGAUGAUGUUUCUUGGCGCUGGUGCUUCUAUAUCAAUCUUCCAAUUGGUGGCGCAUCCCUCGCACUCCUCCUCAUAUAUUUUAAGACUCCCAAGGCUGCUACCCCGGCAAUUGCAACAAUACGAGAAAAACUCCUGAAUCUAGAUGUGGCUGGCUCGUUCCUUGUUAUGGCGGCUCUUAUUUGCUUCCUCUUAGUUACAGAGUGGGCAGGGGCGACUAAGGCUUGGAGCUCACCUACAGUGAUUGGCACCUUAGUCACUUUUACGGUUCUACUAAUGGCCUUUAUUGGUAAUGAGAUCUGGCAAGGAGAGAGGGCCUUGAUGAUUUCACGGCUGAUAAAACAGAGAAUUAUUGCAGCUAGCUGCCUCUAUGUGUUUUUUCAGUCUGGGGGAAACUUCGUUUUCACGUACUACAUCCCUAUCUAUUUCCAGGCGAUAGAUGGGGCAUCAGCAGCUGAGAGUGGUAUUCGAUUAUUACCAUUCAUUGUUGGAUCCGCGCUUAUGGCUAUUACCAGUGGAUUUCUAAUCGUGUGGAUUGGGUAUUUCACACCUCUUCUAGUAGUUGGCAGCGGUCUUUUUGCCGUUGGAUCGGGUCUUAUCUAUACACUUGGCAUCGGCAGUGGAUCUGCAAAAUACAUCUGUUAUCAGGCCAUUCUAGGUAUUGGCCAGGGUCUGGCGAUCCAGGUCCCGGUGAUUAUAUGCCAAGCAUUCUCCGAAGCCAGCGAUAUUCCCGCCGUCACAGCCAUGGUUCUCUUCUUUCAAAUGAUGGGAGGUGCGGUCUUCGUGUCCGUCGGCCAGAGCAUCUUCACUAACCUCUUGCUCACAAAUCUACCGCCAAAUGUCAACCCCGCCGAUAUCUUACAAACUGGAGCCAGUUCGCUGCGUGAAAGAUUUCGAUCCGAAGACUUGCCUGGUAUUCACCAUGCAUACUUAACUGGCCUAAAAGGUACAUUUGCUCUUGGUAUUGCCCUCGCUGUAGCAGCAGUAGUAGCAAGCCUAGGGCCACCAAUCAGAACCGUGAAGAAUCGGAAUAACGCCGUGGCUGCUGUUGGUGCGUAA